AUGUUGGAAUCUGGAAUAGAAGAAAAAUUUGUACGUGGAUAACGGGAUCGAGAUGAACUGCGCAGCACAGUUGCGCAAUUACAAAACCUCAAUGAAAAUCCUGAUGAUGAUAAUGAUAGUGAUACUGAUAAUUUUGACGAACUUCGUAUUGAUGCUGAUGGUCUUAUUUGUAAUAAUGAUGGUACUGGAUUUUUUAGUUUUGGUAAUGGUACUGCUCUUCUAAAUGAUCGUGUUGGUCAUUUCACUGAUUGGGUUUAG